AUGGACGAACAUACAGAAGAUCAACAGUAUGUCGAAUCGAAAAUUAUAGCAAUGAAUGAAGAAUUAGAUUAUUUGUCUCAUAUGUAUAAAGAAGGUUCAAAAGAAUUAGAAUCGUUUAAAAAACUGUUUGAAAGGUACCUUCAAACAAAAGACCAAAAAAUUGAUUGGGAUAAAAUUACGAACGCCGAUGACCUAAUAAUAGACUAUCACGAACAUAAAAUUUCAAAAGAAACGAAAACUGAAAUGUUAAACAAGCUGGCUGUUAUAAAGCUUAAUGGUGGUCUUGGAACAACCAUGGGAUUAACAGGACCAAAAAGUAAAAUAGAAGUCAGAGAUGGAAAUAAUUUCAUUGAUUUAGUGAUUAAACAAAUAAAACAUUUUAACUGCAAGUACGAAUCAUCAGUACCUUUGAUUUUAAUGAACAGUUUUAAUACUCAGAAGGAAACCGAAAAAAUGAUUAAAGGUUCUAAAAAUAUUACAAUUAAAACAUUUAAUCAAUUUAAAUAUCCAAAAAUAUCAGUAAAUACAAAAUUGCCAAUUACAGGUGAUAAGUCAUUUUACCCCCCUGGUCAUGGAAAUUUAUACGAAGUUCUUUAUCAAACAAAACUACUUGAUGAGUUAAUUAACGAAGGGAAAGAAUACUUAUUUAUUAGUAACAUUGAUAAUUUAAGUUCAACAAUUGAUUUAAAUAUUCUUAGAAUACUUGAUAAGGGAAAAGCAGAUUUUAUAAUGGAAGUUACUGAUAAAACAACAGCGGAUAUUAAAGGAGGUACUUUAGUUAAAUACAAUGAUGUUUUGAGAUUAAUUGAAGUUGCUAUGGUGCCACAGGAUCAUGUGAAGGAGUUUAUUAAAAAAUUUAAGGUGUUCAAUACAAAUUCUCUUUGGAUCAACUUAAAGUCAUUAAAGGAGGUUGUUACUAAAUUAAAAUUAGAUAUAAUACAGAACAGAAAGGUAGUUGAUGGUCAAACUGUAAUUCAAUUGGAGACUGCAGUAGGAUCAGCAAUACAAUAUUUUAAGAAUCCAAUUGGUCUAAAGGUAUCAAGAGAAAGAUUUUCCCCGGUUAAGUCAUGCUCAGACUUAUUUCUAGUUGAAUCUAAUCUUUAUAAAACUGAUAAAGGUACACUUGUAAGGAAUGAAAAAAGAUUGAUUAGUGGUAAUCCAACUGUCAAAUUCAUAGGAAGAAAUUUUAAUAACUUUGAAAAGUAUAAAAAAACAUUUUUAGAUAUUCCUGAUAUAAUUGAUUUGGACUUCUUGGUACUUUCAGGUACAAUUUCAUUCGGUCGUAAAAUAGUGCUUAAAGGAACGGUUGUUAUAAUAGCACCCGAGGGCAGUAAAAUUGAUAUUCCGGAUGGAACAAUAUUAGAAGAUAAGGUCGUUUAUGGAAAUUGUUCAAUGAUGAAUAUUAAAUAA